AUGCCGGCGCCGACCAACACUCUGCUCAUCGAGGGUUCCUUCGAGGAGCUCGCCGACGAGCUCGCACAGUACCUUAAUGCCCUGAAGAAGAACCAGGGCGACGAGGCUUCGGAUCUGCAGUCCGAGGUCGGCCAGCUGCUGGAGGAAAACAAGAAGGAUGAUGUGCUCAAGAAGCUCGUUACCGCGAGCGCUGUCCUGAACUCGGCGCCAGAGAAGGAGUUCCUCGCGGCAUACAACCUGCUGAUCCACCUCGUGCGGCAAUCACCCAGCGUCAACGUUUACCUGCCGCCGCUGUGCAAGAACGUGUCGAACCCCAUCACUUCCUCGCCCGCAAACAGCGCUGGCCUGUCCCUGUCGGUCCUCACGACCAUCUUCAACGUCUUGCAGCCCGACAACGACAGCCGCUACCAUGUGUUCCUGGCCAUCCUGCGUGUCGUGAAGACGUCGUCUACUUUCGAGAACCUGAAGCCGCAGCUCAAGAACAUCGACUCGUGGUUGGCGCAGUGGCAGUCGGAUGAGGAGGAGCAGCGCAAGCUGUACCUGGCCAUUGCCGAUGUUGCGGAAGAAAGCGGCGAGGACGAGACUGCGUACCAGUACCUCAUCAAGGCCCUCCGCACCAUCCCCGCCGAGGAGGCGGCCAACCAGGAGGCACGCGACCUGAGCGUGCGCGCCCUCAAGACGGCGCUGAUGCACCCGGCCCACUUCGACUUCCAGGACCUCACCGCGCUCGACAGCAUCCAAGCCCUGCGCAAGUCGGACCCGGUCCACUUCGAGCUGCUGGAGAUUUUCACGUCGGAGCUGCUCGAGGAGUUCAACGACUUCCAGGAGGAGCAUGACGAGUUCAUCGAGAAGGAGGAGGGCCUGGAGGGGGCGCAGCUGACGCGCAAGAUGCGGCUGCUCACGCUGGCGUCGUUGGCAGCGCAGGCCACGGGCCAGACGCGCGCGCUGCCGUACGCGCAGAUCACCAAGGCGCUGCAGAUCCCGUCGGAGGAGGUGGAGCUGUGGGUGAUUGACGUGAUCCGCGCGGGGCUCGUCGAGGGCAAGCUGUCGCAGCUCAACCAGACGUUCCUCAUCCACCGGGCCACGUACCGCGUCUUUGGCGACAACCAGUGGCGCGAGGUGGCGUCGCGCCUGGACAUGUGGCGCAACAGCCUGACGGGCGUGCUGGGCGUGAUCCGCCAGGAGAAGGAGAACUUCAUCGUGCAGAAGGAGCAGGAGAUGCGGGACGCGGAGAACAAGGCGACCCAGGGUGGCCAGCAGGGUGGCAGGAGAGGCGGUGGUGGCAGGAAGCCCGAGGCUGCCGCCACUACGGCCGAGCCCGAGGAGUAG